AUGGCAAAAAAAGUGGUUAAAUAUUCAUUUAUAGCUUUUUUAUCAGGAACAUUUAUUGUCGAUAGGAUAGGCUUUCCUACUACUGUUGUUGGUUGUUCCAUGGAACCAACAUUAAAUGGAAUUAGUAGGAGAGAUUCUUAUUUUACUGUAAAAGACAUCGUUUGGAUAAAUCGUAUAAAAAGAAAUCCACAAAAGUCUGAUAUAAUUGCUUUUAUUCAUCCAAAUAAUAGAAAUGUUUUAAUGAUAAAAAGAGUAAUAGGAAUAGAGGGGGAGCGUAAACGUUUUCCAAAAAUUAAUGAUGGAAGAUAUUUUCAAAUACCACAAAAUUUUCUAUGUGUUGGAAGUGAUAAUAAAAUUAAGAAUAUUUCAAGUGAUAGUUAUAAUUUUGGACCAAUACCUAAAGGUUUAGUCAUUGGUACGGCUACUCAUAUAAUUUGGCCACCAAGUCGUUGGGGAAAAUUGAUAUAA